AUGACAGCCUCAUUGAUCUCGUCUCGAGCAAGCGAGGGUGGCAUAGAGCCACCCUUGCCCCAAGCUGCUGGCUAUGCGGUCGUCGUAGCAGUGGGAUUCCUCAUCGCUUUUGUGAUGAUUCUGGUAACAUACCUGCUGAGAAGGACAGUAGGAGAAGACAAUAGAACGACCGAAAUGUUCAUGACAGCGAACCGCCGAGUGGGCACGGGGUUGACGGCGUCCGCUGUCAUAUCAAGCUGGCUUUGGAGCACGGCCAUGUUGGGAAGCAGUCUUGUUGGCUACAAUUAUGGUGUUGCAGGACCAUUUUGGUUCGCCGCUGGAUGCUCCCCUAUGAUUGUCUUUUUCGCUGUGCUGGGUAUCGCGUGUAAGAUGCGCAUCCCGGAAGCCCAUACACUCCUCGAAAUUGUUCGCAUUCGCUAUGGGCUGGUGGCCCAUGGUGUGUGGAUUGCUUUGUGUUUAAUCAACAAUAUCAUUGCGGUUGCCAAUAUGCUUCUUGGGGCCAGCGCUGCGAUCUCAGCAUUGACCGGAAUGCCAGUCAUUGCAGCCAUCUUCCUGCUGCCCGCGAGUGUGGUGUUGUAUACUUUCGUUGGCGGUAUCAAGGCCACUUUCCUGACGGACUAUGUUCACACCUUCACCAUCACCAUCAUUAUCUGCUUCUUCACAAUCAAGACCUUCACGUUACCUGAAGUGACGUCCAUCGGUGAGCUGUUCGAGCUGGUGGUAGCAGCCGGGAAAAGCCAUCCCGUGUCAGGUAACCAUGACGGCUCGUACUUGACCAUGGCAAGCAAAGAUGCCAUUUUGUUUGGAAUCAUCCAUAUCCUGGCCAACUUUGGGCUGGUGAUCAUGGACACUGGUUUCUUCACCAAAGCCUUCAGCGCGGCCCCUCAAGCUGUUGUGCCAGGCUAUAUUAUCGGAGGUAUUGCCUAUUUUGCGAUUCCAUGGUGUCUGGGAACCAUCAUGUCCUUGACAGCGCUCGGGCUAGAGAACAUCCCUUCGCCACGAUUCCCAACGUACCCGGACCGGAUGUCUGCCACUGAGGUAUCCAACGGUCUUGUGCUGCCAUACGCGGCCAUCGCCAUCGCUGGCAAAGGAGGCGCAGCCGCUGUGCUCCUCAUCACCUUCAUGGCAGUGACCUCGACAAUCUCAGCCCAGGUGAUCGCAGUGUCUAGCAUCAUCACUUUUGACAUCUACCGACAAUACUUUAACCGCAGCGCCACGGACAAGGACGUCAUCCACUGGAGCCACAUCGGCGUUGUCAUCUUUGGCAUAUUCAGUGCCGCCUUCUCGACGGCCUUGUACUAUGGAAGUGUGGAUCUGGGCUGGACGCUGUACAUGCUCGGCGUUCUGACCUGUCCUGGAAUCUUCCCAACCACGUUCACAAUUCUGUGGAAGAAGCAGUCCAGAAUCGCGGCCAUCGUCUCGCCAAUCCUGGGGCUUUUCACCGGCCUUGCUGUCUGGUUGGGCUCGGCACACUCCCUGUACGGGGAGAUCACCAUUACCGCCACAGGCCAGACCUUGCCGUGUGUCUACGGAACGGUGGCGUCGGCCCUGAGUCCUGCAGUGUACUCGAUCAUCAUCUCCCUGGUCCGACCAGCCAACUUCAACUGGGCGGAUUUCAGGAAGGAGAAACUCUUGUUCGAAAAGGCUACACAUGAUAAUAGCGCUGGUGGCCUGCAAAUCUCUCAUGCUGAGGAGACAGCUUCCUCGACGUAUGCGAGUGAUAAGGCGAAGUUGAAACAUUGGGGCUUUAUUGCAAGUGCUUGGGCGCUGGCUACCUUCUUUGGGCACUGGGUGCUCUGGCCUCUUCCCAUGUAUGCGGCAGAGUAUAUUUUCAGCCCCAAGUUCUUCGUCGCUUGGGUCGUGGUGUCCAUUAUUUGGGUCUGGGGUACAAUGAUCGUUGCAGGGUUUUUCCCGAUUAUAGACGGCUGGAAGCAGAUUGCAUUGCAAAGGGGGCGGCAUUCAAUCCACGGGCUCUGA